AGUAUUUUAAUAUCAUUUGGAUCUGUUUGGAUCCGACUGGAGUCUCUCGAUCUCCGUAUUCUUAGCGUGUAAGCGACGCUUUUUUAAGCUCAUGUGUUAUUUAUUCUGAGGUUUUCCUCUGUACACAGAUUAAGUAAGUUUUAGGACAGAGCUAACAAUAGUUGUCAGUGACAAUGUCAUGUCAUGUUAUGGAUGUCAGUUUUUGACAGUGAGUGACAGUUGAGAUGUCGAAUUUGAUUUGUCAAAAAGCGUGCGGCUGUUGCUUUGCCGUUAAUUUGCAAAAUAAUUAAAAUAGUAAAUAAUUAAUUAUAGGGCUGUAAUAAAGUGAUUUUCUCCGAACGACACCCUAUAUGCGACUUCGUGUGUAGCUUUUAUAUUUUAAUAAGUUUCCAGUCAACGAACUGCUUCAAAUCUGGAUGAAAAUACAAUGAUUGCCGCCUCCGAGCCCUUGGAAUUUGUGCCUCACGGUAGGACGGUCCUUGAGAAUCAUCCCGGAAAGAUCUACUCACGAUGUAAUAAGAGUUCAUUGUCUGAGAACUCCCUGCUAUACAAGUUGACUAACUUUGCCAUCAAGGAUGAGAGUCUGAUUGAGGGUCGUGAUGAAGAUGAGCUGGAGUGGUGGUGUGUCAGAGAAGUGUUUGCUAGAAGAAAAGAAGACUUUGAAGAUGACCCACCAGCAACAACAAAGGACUCCAAGGAUGAGUACAUGUCGGAGUCGUUCCGGCCGCAGAGUCGGCUGAAGAAUGACUUCAACAUCUCUAUCAAGUCAGAGCUGGCUAUGAAGAAGGGGGAUGCGGACUGUGGCUCUGGGCCGUCGGGGACUUCUAGAGGUGGCAGCGCAAACAGUUCCAGCAACAUGUCCAAGAAGUUCUCGCCUCCGUCGCAGGCGUCCCCAAGCCGGGAGAAGCCGCUCAGCCACAAGACCGACUGCUGCUACGAGGAGGAGCUGUAUGUGAAGGGAUGCACUGCUGUGUGGUCUAAAGGCCUGACGUCAGCUCCAGCCACCAGACUCUCCGGCCCGGAGUCUCGUGAGACCAUCGCGUGCUUCACCAUCGAGGCCCCCAUCCGACACGCCGUCUUCUGCAACUUCCACGUCGGCAUCAACAACACCAUGCUCAUUGAUGCCUUGAACUCGCAGAUAGGAGACGUCAAAAAGAACAUCAAGAUUGAGGAUACUACUGAACAUCUAGCUACAAAGAAUAUGCCGUCGAUACUGCUGGUGGAUAAUAAGAAUGUGAGGGUAUAUGCCACGGAUGGCAGGGAGUAUGUGACGAGUAUCCCGUUUCAAGUGAAAAAGGUCUGGCCGAUGAAGUACGGAGUGCUGUUUGAGAAGGAGGCGAUACCGUCGUUCCAGAAUUCGAUGUUGCCGGCGUCGUUUUUGAAGUUUAACGAGUCGCAGAAUAGCACGUUUUCGAGGUCGAAAAACGCGUUUCCGUUUAAUAUGAGUGCGCGGUUGCGUCAGGAGUCGCUUUCGGCGUUCGAUUCUGAUGUUCCAUUGCCGACUUGCUUCUCCAUGUCACAUCCUUUAGAUGAAGUCACUCCUAUACUAAUGAAGUCACCAUCACAAGGACUGCAGUAUUACAACGACGGGGACUUACAAAUCAUAUUCGUCAGCACAAAUCCUAGCAUUAUACUCCUGUAUGAUUGGAAGCUAGGGACACAUUCGCUGUGGUACGUUAGAAAGGCUGUACGGGAAGAAUGCUUAACCAUGUGUCCGAACAUGAAUUCUACGACCACAGUCUUCAGUCAAACAUGUGAGUUCCCGGCCAGCCCGAUGAACAGUGUUAAGAAUGUUACCAGUUGGGCCACCGGAGCAGGCAGUCCCCAUCAUUCGAAGAGGGGUUCAGGCACUCCGAUCAUGUCCCGGUCACGAGUCAACAGUCCAAUGGCCAACAUAUUUCACCAGCAGGGCUUGUCACCUCAUGCGUCCAUUGGCCAUGCUUCCUCGGUAACUAUGAUGGCAAACACUUGCAACCAAGCGCCUCCAUCGCUGCCUUUGUACCCAGAAAUAUGCCUCGAUCACAUCUGGACCGAUACCCAAAGCAUCAGACGAGAUCCGAUAGAGAAUCAAAGUGAUACGAAGAGUUUUCUCCACACGGAUUUGGUGGGACAUGAUUAUUUAUGUUUCAUGGUGAAAGUGGACGGUUCGAGUAAGCUACAGAUUGUGAGGUUGCAGAAGUCUCAUUCUCACGGGAAGUCAUCGAAAAUGAACCUUAUUGUGGGGUCGAUAACGUCGGUUUCGGCGAAGGACGCGGUGGUGCUGGAUCAUCUGCAGAUGAUUGCGUUGAUAGACGACAGUGGGAAUAUUAUUCUGCAGUCCGGAGCGAGUGUUGUUGGGAAGGUGCACGUAGGCGGCGUCCUAGCCCGCCUCCUAGCCACAGCUUACGCCGCCGGCGGCCUCCCGCGCCGCAGCAGCCUGCUGCCGUCCCGCCGCGACGCGCCGCUAGACGACUCCGCACUGCACCUGCUGUCGCCCGUCGCGCCCGUCGCCGCCGCGCCCGCUGCCACAGGUCUCCAAACCCUGCGCGACGCGGCCGGCACUCGCCUAACCCUAGUCUUCGACAAGUCGACGAUGUAUCGCAUCACACUGCCCGACAUCGCGAGGUCGUCUAGAGUGAUCAAGUGUUGCGGCGCGCUCAGGGCCAUACUGCCUAAGGAUGUCACUAUGCAGGUUAGUAAUAAUAAUAAAUAA